AGAAAACGUCACUUCCCGUCUUCCUGUACGCCAUGUUUUUUUAGCAGGAGUGGGAUGAUGGUUUAGUGAGAUAAAAUCAAAAGUGGGCAAUCCUGCGCUCUGUUCAGAACUUUAAGCAGGCGAUCGCCAGGGCGAGAAGGAGCGCGGAUUGAGCGCAGCCCGGAUGCAUCAGUCGAUGAAGUAGCUGAUUCCGUACUGCGCGCCUUCCAGUGACGCCGGAAGAAAACGGACGCACGCAGGAAUCCAUCCAUCCAGUCAAUCGCAGCUCUGUGCCAGAAUACUGAAGGAUCAGCAAAAUGUAUCAAAUUCCAGUGAAGAACCUGACAAAACUAAGACGGCCGAGGAAACGCGUCAAAAGUAUUUUGUGUGAUAUCGGGAUGCAGCAGUGUCAAGGUUUAUUGGAGACAUAUAAAUGUUUUGAUGCUGGUGAUGCAAGUUUUGACAACACAGAAUGGGAUGAUUUUACUGAUGGUCAUGUUGGCAAAAAGAAAAAAAAGUAUCCAUACCGGAGCCAAGCUUUGUGCUGCAGUCUGUGUUGGUACUCCAGCCGGUCAAUACCCACAUUCAGAAGUCACAUCCAUCGCUGUCACUGGAAUGAUCUUGAUGUGGCCUGCUUGUUAAUAUGCCCCUACUGCCCAUUUGUCAGCUCUCCAAAAGUCACAGAGCAACACAUUCAGUUUUUCCACAUGCUGCCGUCAAAAACCCAUCGUAUACCUCUUCACAGCAACCCUAGCCACACUUUGGCCCACACACCGAAAACCGUGUCAGUUACAGUUUCUGCUGAUGCUGCCGAUGACAGAUACACAUGCGCAACCUGCGGCUAUCAUGACUCUUUACUAUAUGUGAUGAAGAAGCACGUCUUGGUAAACCACUAUGCUGCGAUGCUGGAUCGCUACUUUGGGCUCGGCUCGGACAGUAAGCAAAAGACUGAUGGUGAGCAGAUACGUGACGGCGCAUCAGUGAAAUAUCACUGUAAAGUGUGCAAACUGCCUGCAGAGACCAUAGAACAUUUACUCUAUCACAUUUUGAGUUCAGAGAAGCACAAAGACCUACACUGGCAAAUAAUGCCUUGUAUAAUCGAAAAAGACUGCACAAGCCAAAUGUCCGGACUACAGAAUCUGCUGAACCUCACACCAAAAGCAAUGCAACAGGUCACGUUGCUCGCAAGGCCCAACUAUGUGCCACAGCAGACGCAACAAACAAAUGGAAAUGGUACUGUUCUUCUGGCCGGCCCAAGAAACACGACUGCUUUGUUUUGCUCUCCUGGUGCAGGGCAGAUGUUUCUGUCCCCUCAAACGCAGGCUUUACUGUCGGGCACGACUGUUGCCGCACUUCAGAACGCACAACAUCCGCAGUCCCCCAGCGGGAUGCCGCAAGUCCUGCCUACCUCUCCAGUAGUGCAGCCGAUUAAUAUGAUGAUGCCAAGCAUGCGGCAAGGUGCAUCCAAGACAGUACCCAUCACUAUGGCCAUGCCCAGGCUACCACAGACCCAUCCAGCACAGCAGGUUCUUCUUCCGCCCGGCGUUCAGGUCAACCUCCCGGGCGAAAUGGGUGUACGGUCACCAUUUCUUGUUACUCAAGGUCUUCAGCUGAACCAGUCGGUUCCCAGAGCUCCCCUCAUAGCCUCGCAGUCUGUGCGUCUCAUUCCCACGGGCAACAACGUCAACGGUGUCCCAACCUACACUCUAGCGCCCGUUCAAGUCACAGUUCCUGUCCACGGUGGUCCCGCUCAAGUGGUACUGACGCAAAACCAGAUCAGCCAACCUACCAAUUCAGCUGUGGUGCCCAAGGGUCUCAAGCCUACAGUUCAGAGGGCGAUAAACAGAAAUUCCGUACCGAAUGAGUUGGCUGUGCUGGCGCCGUUUUUGAAGAAACAUGACGAUCACUCUGUCAAGUGCCUGAGGUGCAAGAUUUUACUGACAGAGCAGGGGAUUUUCCAGCAUUUGUUGCAUGGCUUGAAGUGUCUUUUCUGCCCUCAGAUGUUCUACUCUUUCAAGCAGAUAAUGGAGCACACCAAUAAAGAGCACAGUUUGAAAAUCAAGGAAAAUCGGCAUUUCAUUAAAGAACAGUUUAGUCUCGACUGUGACGACGAGGGGAACCUCGUGUUCAACACUUUUAAUCUAAACACAGAUGUGCCCAAAGACCUUCUUGAAAACCGAGAGCUCAACCUUGCACUGGUUACCAGCUCUCAAGAUAAGCUAUACAUAAAAAUGUAUCCAGACAAAGCAGAAUAUGCAGCCUCGUUGAAAACACCACCUACCGCCUGCCCGUUUUGCCAAGUAAAGCUCCAGAACUCUGAGGACUAUGAGCGUCAUCUUCAAACAAAACAUCACAUCGUUCCCACCAUUCAUGCAAUACUAAAAACGCCUGCAUACAAAUGCAUAUAUUGCUUUGGCGUGUAUACUGAAAAAUCGACACCGAAAACAAUCUCCAUUCACGUGCAACGGUGCCGUUGUGCUCCCAAAGCUGUCAAGGAAGCAGAGAGGCAACUGAAUCCAGAUACAACAGAACAUGAUGAUGGGGAUUUAUGUAAUUCUCCUCAGAUGGCGAGUCCUUCAGAAGUGGCCUGUCAGGGGGGCCUUGAAUUUGUCAAACCAAAGAAAGAAGUAAUCACUCCGAAGAACAGGAGAAGGAACUCAAAAGUUCCAAAGGUAGAAGUCCCUGAAACUCCAGUCGAGCUCGUCUUGGAACCAAUGGGAAUGGAGAUGACAUCGUUCGAGGACAGGAAAGACUUCCUUUCGCAGUACUUCCACAGGAAGCCAUACGUGACGAAGACUGAAAUUGAACUGCUAGCUUCCCGUUUGUGGAUAAACAAGGCUGACGUAAAGGCUCACUUUAACAGCAAGCUCACCAAAUGCUUGAAAGCGAUUCAGAAGAAGAGGGUUUGUGUACGUCUCGGGUUCAAAAUGAUUGAAGUGAACAAGCUGAAGCACAAUCUCUUCAUUCCAGAAGUAAAGCCUGUUAAAAAAAAAGUCUUGAAUGAGGUGAAACAUGGUGGCCUCGUUCCACAGGUUACAGUUAAAAAAGAGGACGUGAAUGAAAUUAAACAUGAUCUCUUCAUUCCUGCGGUACCAGUAACAGUUAAAAAAGAGGAUGUGAAUGAAAUGGAAGAUGGUCUCUUCAUUCCAGGGAUAACUGUUAAACAAGAGGAUGUAAGCGAAAUGGAAGAUGGUCUCUUCAUCCCAGAGGCACGGCCUCUGUAAAAAUGGAUAAACAGUUUGUUAGAUGAAUUAUGUUUGUAUGCAGCAUGUUCACACUUGGAUGGAAAUCAUUGCAAAAUGUUUAUUUAAAAAUACUCGAUUUACACAUUUAUAAGAUGGUUUGCCUCUUGUUAUUAGUAUAUUUGGAAAAGGGGAACCUCCAGCAAUGCUGAAAAGACCCUACACUCUUUGUAUUUUUGUUGUGUAUAGUUCAUAUGAUGACGGUAAAAAAAUUUUUUUUUUUUUUUUUUUUACAUAUCUUUAUUGCAAGGAAACACUCAAUUGAAGUCAUACUGUUUUCUUUUUGUGGACACGUGUAAUAUACAUUUGGGGACAUCUGUAGUGAAAUAGUUCUGCUUCUAACAUUUUAUAUUAGAACUGUACAGAAAAUGAAGAUUUGGUUAACUAUUACUACUAACUGGCAAAUUAGGCUGCAUUUCAUAGCUGUAUCACAGAAAAGGGCACUUUAUGCGGUUUUCAUGUUCUUUUUUUUGUGCUUCACAAAAUACACUGUAAUCAUUUCAGACAUGUGAAAAAAGACAAGUGCCUCUGUGUCCUAUUUAAAGUUUGCAGUUGUAUUUUGCCUCUUGGAAUAAACGUGACUAAAUAUUA